AUGGAGAAGAGGCGCAGGAGUAAGCGUGUGUUUGUUGUACGUGUGCACAGAGUCAGACUGUGGAAUCAGUUAGACUUGGCAAUUGUUCUUCUCUCCAUCAUGGGCAUCACACUUGAGGAAAUUGACCUGAAUGCCUCUCUACCCAUCAACCCAACCAUCAUACGCAUAAUGAGGGUGCUGCGCAUCGCCAGAGUGUUGAAGCUCCUGAAGAUGGCCACAGGAAUGAGAUCUCUUCUGGAUACAGUAGUUCAAGCUUUACCGCAGGUCGGUAAUCUGGGUCUGCUGUUUAUGCUGCUGUUCUUCAUCUAUGCAGCACUGGGAGUCGAACUCUUUGGCAAGCUUGAAUGCACUGAGGACAACCCGUGUGAGGGAUUGAGCAGACAUGCUACAUUUCAGAACUUUGGCAUGGCGUUCCUCACUCUAUUCCGCGUUUCCACCGGAGACAACUGGAAUGGAAUCAUGAAGGAUACCCUGCGGGAAUGUAAAAAUGACAGAUGUCUGAGUUACCUGCCGCUUUUGUCGCCUCUGUACUUUGUGACAUUCGUGCUAGUGGCACAGUUUGUGCUGGUGAAUGUUGUGGUCGCUGUGCUCAUGAAACAUUUAGAGGAGAGUAACAAAGACGCCCGUGAGGAGGCCGAGAUGGAGGCGGAGUUGAAGGAAGAGCUUCAUGGCAUUCGUAGACAAAGCACCGCCUCUGUGGGCGGAGCCAUCGGGCUUGAGGGUACAGCUGUUCAAAUGGAGACUCUCUCACAUGAACAGGGCCAAGACUCCAGUUACGGCAACUUCCUGACAGUUAGUAGGCCGUCUAUAUCACGGAUGCUGUCCUUACCUAGUGACAGUUACAUGGUCUAUCCUGUUAAGCCUAUAUAUGGGUCCAUUCAUGAGAGAGUCUCCAAACAGGACUCCACACUGCCAGGCUCCUCUCUCUCACUCGGCACCCAGCCCUGUGAAGAUAGUGCCGUAAUGCAGGUUCCAGGAACUGCAUCUCAGACAAACCUGGCUGCCGCUCCUGCUCCCCAUCCUCUAAAUCAAAGAGCAAGAUCUAGCAAUGCCUUCAGAGCCCUGCGGAGACAG